ACUCGCAGUGACAACAUGGAAGUAAGCAAUCUUCCAUUAAUAAUAAGAAAAGUAAACAUGACAUAGCAUUUUAUUGGCCCGAGCCUCUUCUUCCCAUUGAUUUAAAAUAAUCUCCUCAUUUCUCCACUGACACCUGUUUUGCUUAAUUAAUCUCCUCUAAUGUAGCAUACUGUAUUUAAGAUUUUAUUUAACUGUCUAUGCAUUUACUGUAGUUUAGAUUUCCAACAAGUGUUUUUAAUGUUUUUGUGGUUGUUUGAACAGAUGCGGGUGUGUAUAUGUCAACGAUCAAUGCAUUUGAAUAAUGUGGCAGUUGCAUUUGGGUACCGGAUACACAAUUUAUGCAACUACCCUGUACUGACAUCCAAUCGUACCAGAUUUGAUCCACAUUUAGAAUAGGCCUGAUUCCAAUCUGAAGAUAACCUUUUUCUCCGCGUUUCUGCGACACGAGAGAACAAAGAAAUCGGACUUUUUGUCAUUUGAACCGUGCAGUGUAAAUCCAAAACCUGGUCAGUCGCCUUUACGUCCCCGAAUAAAAGUUUUGCCUUAAAAGUACAGCUGCCUUUUUAACGAGGCGUCCUGAAGUGAUCAUCAAAUCAAUGAUCGAUUCCAGCGCAGUAUCGAUUAUUGCAUGAGCCUUUUAUCAUAUUGACAAAAGAAAUGACUGAAAAUGGACUGCAUGUCAAAAAUGGAGUGACCGUAUUCCCUCAGAUAGUGGUCUCCAUUUUGGUAGACGCCAUCACACAGUAAUAGUUUGCUUGAAUACAUGAUUGCUGCACCUCCAAUUAGAGUUGCCCUUUUCCAUUCCCAGAAAAAAGUGGGUAUGACCCAGAUACUAGAUGCUAUGGCAUUUGGUACCGCCAUUGUGAGAAUACAAUAUGUAUCUUUACCAUAACACACUGGCAUCUGUUGACAUCUACAGUGGCCUGUGCAGUAAAACGUUUAAAUGAACAUACGGUUGAAACCAGAUCUAGUGCUUACAUAGACUAUUUUAUUUUAUUUUUCCAAGUUUUUUCCUUCAGUUUCGGACAUGAAAUUAGACUACACAGUUGCUGUUUUGGGUUGAUUAGGAUUACGAAAAUAAUUUCUUUGUUCCCAUUGCCAUGAAACUGUAUGGCUUCCACAUCCUUCUCACUAAAGUCGGGAAGAAUUUUAACCCAUAUCUCCUGACAGAACUGGUAAAACUGAAGUUUUAGGAGGUUUCUAGUUCCUUUCUCUCAUAUUGCUUUUCAGGUCUCCCAGUAAAUUUUCAAUGGGAGUGAGAUCAGGGAUUCGUGAGGGCAGCCCCAACACAUUGACUUUGUUGUCCCGAAGCCACUUUGUAAAAUGUUUGGCGUUAGACGUCAGGUCAUCAUCCAUUUGGAAGACCCUUUUACGCUCAAAUUUGAACUUUCUGGCUGGUGUCUUGAGAUGUCGCUUCAGUAUUUCCACAUUCUUUCCUCAUGAUGCCAUUUAUGUCACGCCACUGCCCGGCACGCGUCGCCUCCUGGCAGCAGGCUCCUCAUCCUCACCUCGUUUGUUAAUUAUUUCAAAUGUAUUUAAGUUUGGUUUGUCUUCUCUAAGAUUGCGAGUUCAUUGUGUGAAUUUUGCGUGAGUACACCGGAUUCUCAUGAGCGUAUGUUCCUCGUUACCACGUGUCCCAUAGUCAAGUCUACUCUUGUUUUUGUUCUUGUACAAUGAUUUUGCCAUGAUGUAAUCUGACCUUGGUCUCAUCGUUUUUGUACCUUGCCUUGCCUUGCAAUUUUGCUCCUUUUUGGACUGCUUACCUCUGCGUUGACCUCAGCCUGGUAUUAAACCUCCCUUAAACCACGUCCUUGCCCUGGAGUCCUGCAUUUGGAUCCUACCCCUUUUGCCUUGCUCUUGACAAUCUAUUUUGCAAAAUGCACCAGUCCUUUCUUGGGGGAAAACAACCCCACAAGAUAAUGCUGCCACCUUCAUUUUCCCCGUUUGGGAUGAUAUCCUCAGGCUUGCGAGCUUCCCACUUUUUGCUUCAAACAUAACUAUUUUGAUUAUAGCUGAAUUUUAGUUUUGUCAGACCACAGGACAUCCUUCCCAAAAUUAGAAUCUUUUCUCAGUGUCCAUGUAUGAACUGUAAUCCUUUUAUUUUGUUUGUUUUUAGAGUAAUGAAUCGGCUUUUCAUCUUAUUUCUGUUAAGUACUUGUUUCAUCGUGGAUCAUGACAUACUCUUACCACUUUCAGCCAACACCCUCACAAGCUCCUUUUCUCUUCUUUUGGGGUACACUUUGGAGCAAAGCAUAACCCAUCUCCAUCCAGAACGUGAUGAUGAGGAGUAUCACUUCAAACAGUGGAUGUCACACCACAACAAAACGUAUGACGCCGAAGAGUACAUCCGCCGCCUCCGCAUCUUCUCUGAGAACAAGAAGAAAAUCGAUGGCCGCAAUGCCGAGACUCGCUCCUUCACGAUGGGCCUGAACCAGUUCUCAGACAUGACAUUUGAAGAGUUUAAGAAAUUCUUCCUCUUGCAGGAGCCUCAGAACUGCUCGGCCGCGAAGGGGAAUCAUGUCAGCAGGACUGGCCCUUAUCCCAAAUCUGUGGACUGGAGGACCAAGGGUGACUUUGUGACACCGGUGAAGAAUCAGGGUCACUGUGGUAGCUGUUGGACCUUCUCUGCAACGGGAUGUUUGGAGUCGGUGAACGCCAUUGCCACCGGAAAGCUCAUUUCUCUGUCGGAACAGCAGCUGAUCGACUGUGCACGGGGCUUCAACAAUCAAGGCUGCAUGGGUGGGCUUCCAAGUCAGGCGUUUGAGUACAUCAAGUACAGCAAGGGUCUCAUGACAGAAGAGGACUAUCCCUAUAAAGGCUAUGAUGACGUCUGCCACUUCCAGCCCGCGCUUGCCGCCGUUUUCGUCCGUGAUGUCGUCAACAUUACGAGUUAUGAUGAACAGGCCAUGGUGGACGCCGUGGCCCGGCUCAACCCUGUGACGUUUGCCUUCGAGGUGACUGACGACUUCAUGCACUAUAAAAGCGGCGUUUAUACCAGCACUCUUUGUAAGAACACCGCUGAGUCGGUCAAUCACGCCGUCCUGGCCGUGGGCUACGGCGUCGAUGACGGUGCAACGCCUUAUUGGAUCGUGAAGAACUCCUGGGGUGCCACCUGGGGAACGGACGGAUAUUUUCUGAUUGAGCGAGGAAAGAACAUGUGUGGACUGGCAGCCUGCGCUUCGUAUCCACUUCCUUUGCUUUGAGAACUAACGUGCAGGAAUUCCUGGAUCAUAAACAACGCAAGAGAAGAAGGAAAUAUGGAUAUAAUGUUGCCAAGGCCAGCAAACAGUCACAAGAUCUUGGCUACACAUUGCUGCUGCAAUGGAUUAUGUGCAACAACAACAAAAAAAUGCAUUUAACACAGGUUUUGAU